AUGCCGCCCGUCCUCAACACCAUAGACCACAUCUUUGUCCGCGCGGGCAACGCCGACACCAUCUACAACGAGCUCGUCGACAACGCCGGCCUGCCCGUCGCCUGGCCCUUUCGCUCCGUGGCCGACGAUCUCGCCAGCGGCGCCGUGUCCCUCGGCAACCUGAUCCUCGAGCUCGUCCAGACGAGCAACACCAGUGCCUCGCUGCCCUUUGUGCCCGAGUACGGCGUGGCGCUGACGCCGGCCCAUGACACCAUGGCCGAGAGCCGGGCGUGCGCGGCAACGCGGGGCAUCGAGAUGGACGCCGACGACAGCGUCUACGACCCCAGCGGCAACCUGCUGUGGACGCGCGCCCUCGUGCCCCAGCUCAGCGGCAGCCGCCUCGACACCUUCUUCUGCGACUACACGGCCGACCAGUGGCCGCUGCGCGCGGGCUCCCGCGAGAAGCUCGAGACGAGCAACGGCGGCGCGCUUGGCAUCACGGGCGUGGAGAGGAUGACGGUCCGCUCGGCGCGGCUGCAGCAGACGGCGGAGAAGUGGCAGCUCAUGGCCAUGGACCGCGAGGACAAGGACAUGCCGACGGUGCAGGUCGUGGCGGGCGAGGAGGAGGGCCUCCAGGGACUGACGAUACGCGUGCGUGAUGUUGAGGCUGCGGAGCGCAAGUUCAAGGAGCUUCUGCCGCAUUUUCCAGACUCGUUGCAGUGGCAGUUUGUCUAG